GGAGCGCAUGAACUUGAAGGCGCCCAUCUACUUCUCAACGGGGCUGACGGAGAAGGCAAACCACUACUACAAGCUCUUCAUCACGUGGACGAAUCAGAAGAUCCGGAAAACCUUCGUCCAGCGGAACAUGUUUGAGUUCAAGCACAUCAAAGCUUUCGAGAGGACCUAUGUGGACAACCCUGGGCCCAUGGUUGUGUUUGCUACGCCAGGGAUGCUGCAUGCGGGCCAGUCACUCCAUAUCUUCAAGAAAUGGGCUGGCAACGAGAAAAACAUGGUCAUCAUGCCAGGGUAUUGUGUCCAAGGAACAGUGGGCCACAAAAUUUUGGGUGGACAGCGGAAGCUAGAAAUGGAAGGAAGACAAAUUCUGGAAGUCAAGAUGCAGGUGGAGUACAUGUCCUUCAGUGCACACGCCGACGCCAAGGGCAUCAUGCAGCUGAUCCGGCAAGCCGAACCCCGCAACGUCCUCCUGGUCCAUGGCGAGGCCAAGAAGAUGGAGUUUCUGAAGCAGAAAAUCGAGCAGGAAUUCC